AUAGAGAGAAAAACAUAUAAAGAGACCCGUCUCUCUACUCUACCCUAUUGCAUUUCUAUCGCACCCCUUCUCCUUUCUGGUCCAUUCGCAUCGCAGCUUCUUGAUCUUUUGCUUCCUGAGCUCUCUCUCUCUCUCUCUCACCACCAAUGGCGGAUCACCAGCGCGUCCACCCUGCCGGCGACCCCGAGGCCCCGCAGCCCCAGACCGCUCCCCUCGUGCCCCGCAACUCCUCCAAGUCCGACAACGGCGACCCCGCCCCGCAGGGUAAUGUGUACUACCCGCCGAUGCACCGGACCCUCCCCGUGGCCCACUCCAAGCCCCCGAAGCGUGGCCGGAGCUGCCUCUGCAAGUGCUUCUGCUGGACCUUCUCCUUCAUCGCCCUCCUCAUCGUCGCCAUCGCCAUCACCGCCGGGAUCCUCUACCUCGCCUUCCGGCCGAAGCUGCCCAAGUUCUCCAUCGACGCCCUCCAGAUCACGCAGUUCAACCUUGGCAACGACAGCAGCCUCAACGCGACCUUCGACGUGACCAUCAUGGCACAGAACCCGAACAAGAAGAUCGGCAUAUACUACGAGGGCGGGAGCCGGAUCACUGUGCUGUACUCCGGGGACCAGCUAUGCCAGGGCGCGCUGCCCAAGUUCUACCAGGGCCACCGGAACACGACGGUGCUGGUGGUGCCACUGUCCGGGCAGACGCAGAACGGGACGGAGCUGCUGUCCCAGCUGCAGGCGCAGCAGCAGGCGACGGGGUCGAUCCCGCUGAACCUGAGGGUGAGGCAGCCGGUGAGGGUGAAGCUCGGGAAGCUGAAGCUGUUCAAGGUCAAGUUUUUGGUCCGGUGUCUGUUGGAGGUGGACAGCUUGUCCGCGGACAAUAGUAUUCAGAUCAAGAGCAGUAGCUGCAAGUUCAGGCUUCGGCUAUAAAUCUUUUCGCCUCCACUUUUUCCAUUCUUUUUCUUGAUUAUUUUCUCUGUCUUCAAUAAGGGGGGUCGGUAUUUUCCGAUUGCUCCCCCGGAUGGUAUAGGUACAUAGCCGUAUACACACACAGACCGAUUGAUUAUACAGUAUUUAUACAUGUAGGACCGGCCAUUCGUACUA